AUGGAUGACUAUAUGGAUCAUAGCUCCGGAGAAGAAAUUGAUGGAAAUGAUUCUGAAGUAGAGGAUUAUGCAGAGGAAUCUUCCUUGGAGCUCCAGGAUGGAAAAAAGAGGGUCAAGUUAUCUGACGAAGCUUUUGCAUGCCCAUAUUGUUCUAAUAAGAAAAAGCGUGAUUACAUGUAUAAAGACUUGUUGCAGCAUGCUACUAUGGUGGCUAAAACUGAUUCAAAAAAACGCAGUGUGCAAGACAAAGCGAAUCAUUUAGCACUCGUUAAAUUCCUUGGGAAAGAUAUACAUGAAGCCUCUGGUUCAUCACAAACUAAAGAUAAUGUUGAUGUUGAUCAUCGAGCAGAGCAGGAUGCAGAUGAGAUGUUUGUAUGGCCAUGGAAAGGAGUUGUCGUCAAUCUACCUAUUGAGUUGCAGGAUGGUCGUCAUGUAGGAAAAAGUGGUUCAAGUUUGCGGGAUACUUUGACUAUGCGAGGGUUUAAUCCAACAAGGGUGAUUCCACUGUGGAAUUUCCGUGGUCAUUCAGGAUGUGCGAUUGUUGAAUUUCAUAAAGAUUGGCCAGGAUUUAAUAAUGCCAUGUCAUUUGAAAAGGCUUAUGAGGCCAAUCAUCGUGGUAAAAGGGAUUGGAAGGUUAUUAAGGAUCCAAAGGAUGAUAAUUAUGGUUGGGUUGCUCGCUCUGAUGAUUAUAAUGCAGAUACUAUUAUUGGAGAGCAUCUUCGCAAGAUUGCAGAUCUUCGGAUCAUUUCUGAUAUUAUAAUGGAAGAAGAUCAUAAGAGCGAAAAAUUAAAGUCAAACUUGUCAAAGGUAAAUGAAGAUAUAAAGAUGCACUUGGUGGAGAUGCAGAACAAAUGUGUGGAGACUGAUAACAAUCUCUGCAAGUUAAUAGCGGAAAAAGAUAAGCUUCAUCAGCAUUAUAACGCCAAGAUCAAGAAAAUCGAGUCUGGUGCACGAGAACAUAUCCAACGACUCUUUAGUGAUCAUCAAAAAGUUAAACUGCAAUUGCAAAACCAAAAGACAGAACUCGAGCUUGAAGGGCAAGAACUUCAGAAACGUGAAGUGGUUAACGAAAAUGAACAAAAAAAACUAUGUGAGGAUAUUGAACAGUAUGCUGUAAAGAAAAAGAUGCUUCAGAUGGCAUCUGACGAGCAAAGGAAAGCUGAUGAAAGUGUGAUGAAACUCGCAGAAGAUCAAAAGAGGCAAAAGGAAGAACUCCACAACAUAAUUAUUUCGCGUGAGAAACAACUGGAUUCAAUGCAUGCAUUAGAACUGGAGAUAGAAAAAUAUAAGGGGCAAUUAAAUGUUAUGCAACACAUUAAGAAAGACGACUUGGAGGUUAUAAAGAAGGUGGAGGCCAUACAGAUGGACUUGAGAGAAAAAGAGGAAGAACUUGAGUAUUUGGGAUCCAUGAAUCAAACUCUUGUUGUUCAGGAACGCAAAAGCAAUGAUGAGCUUCAAGAUGCUCGUAAAGAAAUGAUUGAAGGGUUUAAAGACCUACCAAAAACAUCUCAUAUUGGUGUGAAGAGUAUGGGGGAGCUCAACAAUAAACCUUUUGUUGAUGCCAUGAAGAGGAAAUAUAAUGAAUCAGAAGCAAUAGAUAGGGCCUCGGAAUUGUGCUCAUUGUGGGAAGAGUUCCUUCGAGAUCCAAAUUGGCAUCCGUUUAAAGUCAUUACCGACAAUGGAAAAUCUCAGCUUGUGAUGGAUGAAAAUGACGAAAAAUUGAAUGGCUUAAAGCGAGAGCAUGGGAAAGCAGUUUAUAAAGCUGUGGUGACUGCUUUGAAAGAGAUAAACGAAUACAAUCCGAGUGGAGCUUAUAAUAUAAGAGAGCUAUGGAACUUUGAAGAAGGCAGGAAAGCUACUUUACGGGAAGGGGCUGCAUACCUGUUAGAGUUAUGGGACUCCCAAAAACCCAAGCGGGUUGGGUAACCAUUUCAACCCGCAUUAGAUUAUGCUUCUUUGGGUAUAAUCAUAUAUGCUGUUGAAGGUUUUUUUUGGUACCACAAAUGCAAGUUAUAGUCUUGUUAUUAGUAUCUGUAAAUGGAUAUAAAUUUCAAUGUAAAUAUUUAGACCUUUUAAUGACAUC